GCGCUGUCUUCCACUAUCCCCACCCAUCCAGUCAUGUCCAGCAGCACCCUUUUCCCUCCGAACCGGGAACACUUCAGCGAUGCCGUUAUCAGUUCUGUUGUUCAGCGAGAAGCACCCUUUCGUUACAAGUCUUCUAUAAGGACAGAAUGGAAAGUGGACAAGUCUUCUCCCUCGGCCCCCUCGUAUUCUGUGGGUACUGCAGACAAAGUCAGUGUCAACAUUCCAAGUCGUCUGCCAAAUAUCACUGGUAACAAACGCCUUGUCUCCGAUACAAAUCACCACGAUAGUCCCCGCUCCAAGGUACAAAAGACGCGAGCAGCAUCAGUUGCUGAUGGUGUAAGCGCCAGAUACGCAGCCGAACUCGAGCUCCGACGUCAACGGAAUCGCAUCCACCAGGCUCGAUACAAGACGAGGCAGCGAAAACUCGUGGCAGACCUCGAAGACUCCGUUAAAAAGUUGAAAACCGAGAUCCCAGAACUCGAACUGCAGCAUCGGCUGUUAUCGUACGAUCUUCCGUCGAACACUACCAUAUGGGCCAUCGCAGCAGAGUACUGCCGCCUCUUCCGCCACGGUGUCAAGACGAGGGUUUUAGAUACGGUGUCAUUGCUCAAUGACACGACACCAGUGCUCACUCAGACCCAAACCCAAUUGGACUUUUUCAGAGCGGUAAUGGCUCACGAUGUGACGGACGGCGUGGUCUUUGGCGUUCAAGCGUUGAUGAGCUCGAUCGCGCUUCAGUCUCAGUGCUACCAGGAAAUCGACCUACAGCCGCUGCAUAUGAACUUCGAACCUGGAGACUCUCUCGUUGUCACGACCAAAUGCGAACUUACCAUUACCGAGAGAACGAUGUGUUAUGGAUUCCCCAACUUAGUCAAGAACGGCAAGUGGUCGUCCCUUGCAGUCAAAAUGCUCGGGAAAAAGAUUGUUAUCCGCGGGUCGACGCACUUUGUCAGGGAUGUUACAAGCGGACGAGUUACUCGACUUCAGUGGAAGGCAGACCUGUUAACACCGCUGCUUCAUCUACUGGGAAGUCUGGAGGCUGUGUCCCGAGUGUUUAAUGGUGCUAGAUUGUCUCCUGAAGGCCUGGUACAGCAGAGCGAGGCUUGUAGUUAAUUGGAUAUCAUUGCACUUAACGAUAUGCCCUUGGAGUAAUAAAGAAGCUGCGCUCAGUUAUCGGAG